CAGCCAGGCGUACGAUCACUUCCCUGAGGCCGUCCUGCAGCGGAGGCCCGGUCAGAGGCGGGAACGCAGGUGUCUUCCAUCAGCAUCAGCUGAGCGGUGUCAGGCCGUCCUUUCCCUUCCCAAGGACGACGUACGGCCUCUGAGGUCUCUCUCGGGAGUGUCACGGUCAGCGCGAGCGCAACGGCUUCCCCAAAAGAUAUAUUUUCCCCGAGCGGGCACCGAGGGAUGCCAGAUGCCCUACGCAUGAGAGGGGACCUUGGCAGCUCGGGCGGCAUCUAAACAACGUGCCAGUAAUUCGUGAGUGCCCAUUGGGAGGCCCGCGAGUGCGAGUGCUUGGAGAGGGAGCCGAGAGGGAAGUGCAUCGUGCGAGGUCGAGUGAGCGCUCAAGUGUCGAGAAAGGAUUCAUUUUUCGAAACCUAUUUGAGGAUCACAUCGAAGCAUCGAAGCUGAAAGCACGCUUCUCUGAAAUGAGCUUUAAACAUAUAAUCCCCUCCCGCUGUGUUUACAACUUGUAGCUGGCGCUUAAUAUGUAAAAGGCAACCCGAAGGACAAUAAUAACAACUACAACAAAGGAGAACAUUGUUGCUUCACCGAUCCCCCUGAGACAAGACUCACCAUGCUCCUCCGCGCGCCCACGUGCGUCCUUCUCCUCCUCCUGGGCGUCGCUUCCCCCACGUCUGUUCUCCUGAGCCCGUCCUCGCCUCGUUUCGACGCCCACGCCCGUAAUCGCUCCUUUUUUUCCGAAGACAACAGCUAUGACGCCCAUUACGACAACGAUGACGGCGGCGACGGGCGGUGGGCGGCGGCCACGACCUCUUCGUCGGAGGCCGCGGGCGGGUUUUUCCUGGACGACUUCGAGGCGGUGACCAGGUCAGAUACUCUGGAGUGCCCAAGCGCCAACGUUAUUACGACCCGCUACAAGUGCCAGGUCAAGGACAAGUGGGUGGACUGCUUCCGGAGGCACUGCUGCCAGGGAUACAACUUCGUGGCCGGAAGAUGCCUGCCCGACUCAAUGGAUCCUUGUUCCCAAAAUUUCUGCGAGCAAAAGUGUUCUGUAUUUUUUGGGCGCGUUAUCUGCACGUGCUUUUCGGGAUACAGAUUCAGCCCGGAGAACCACAAGCGGGGGAUAAAACCUGUUUGUUUGGAUAUCGACGAGUGUGUCGGACAGAAUGGAAACUGUGAACAUAUCUGUAUCAACGAACCGGGCACCUUCCGCUGCGCCUGUCGAGAAGGAUACAGGCUACGUGGAGAUAACAGCACCUGUGAACUAGCGAGCGAGGGCGGGGCCGUACCCUCCCCUGACCAGUGGCGGGGCCCGACUCCUGUUUCCGCCCACAUCCCGUCUUCUGACUCCGCCCUUCAGUGCUCCGCCUCCUGUUCGUCUGUCGGAAGUUUGGAACACAAAAUCAGGAACUUGGAGGAACGAAUCGUGGCGCUGAGCACGGCGGUGAGGCUCUACAGCUUCGCCGCGGGACCCCCGGGGCCAGAGGGUCCCCCCGGCCCCCCUGGCUCCGUCGGGCCUCGAGGUUUUCCAGGGCCCGCCGGGCAGCCCGGAGCGCCCGGCCCGAAGGGGGACACGGGACCCAAGUGGUCCGGCCCGCCGCCCGCGCCAACGCCCGCGUCUCCGAAAGGUGGUUCGACGGCGGCGACUCCAGAAGAAGCCGCAGAUGAGCCCUUCAGCGAGAACGACCUCCCGCUCGACUCGUGGACCGUCGUCAAGCACCGCGGCGGAAAGAAGCAGUUCUGCAGGUGCCGGAGAGGCGCCGUGGGCCCCCCGGGAGCCCAGGGCAAGACGGGACCCCGAGGGCUCCGCGGGCUCCGAGGGCCUGCAGGCAAGAAGGGCGAGCCGGGCUCCUUCGACUUCCUCCUCCUCAUGAUCGCCGACGUCAAGCACGACAUCCAGAAGCUGCAGCAGAAGGUCUUCACGGAGGAGGAAAUGCCUGAGCCUUACGACCUGGCGGGCGCCAUCGCUGCCUCCGGCUCCGUGACCAACCAGCAGUACCACUCUCAGCUGCAAGAGCUUCUGACCGAGGAAGUCGACAACAGGAUCUUCGGCGCCGCCAGACGACUCGAUCCUGUGCUGAAGGUCGUUGAUACCACGGACGACCAAGAGAGCUCAGGCACUUCGACCACCGGUAAUCCCGACACGCUGACGACCCCGGAGGAAGAUGGACAAGAGGAGGAGUAUGAAGAGGAAGAAGGGGAGGCCGAGGAGGAGCAGCCUUACCAUUACAUGAAUUCCAACAUUACUGUCGACUCGCUCUAUGAGGACGACAUCCCUCUGUACGACUACCCGCUUGAGGUGGAGCCAACGUACCUUACGGAUUACGCUGCGUUGUCGAACGAACCUCAAGAGACGAACCACGACACACUCGAAGAAACCGUCUCCGGCGACCCACGGGCAGCGGCGACUAGAGAGCGACAGACACUCGUCGACGACACUCCCGAGCUUCAGCUGUACAGAUCCUUUUCCAGGGAGGCUUCGAACGCCUCAGUCGAACGAGUCUCCGGAGACGCUCGAACUGUUCGGGACGGACGAUCCGACGACUCGGCGAGGAGCCCCGGCGACAGAGAAAGCGUGCAGCCCACGCCCUACGACGCCGAGACUCUGAGGGCGUCGCUGGAUAGCCUGAAGGCGGACUACGGUCUACUUGAGGAGGGCGAGGAGGCACUGCUGACAGAAGAAGGGCACUCCUUUCAAGGGCGAGGCGGUGAGGAAGAGGAGCAGGAGGAGGAGGAGGAGGAGAGCGACCAGUUCGCGAUGCCGCCGUCUCAGGAACUCAUCGACGAUGACCCGACGGAGCCCUCGCCCCCACGCCGCUCCCUCACGAAGGGGGAUCGAAAGCGGAUCCGAGAGAACGAGAAGCUGGUCGACAUCCUGGAUGACAUCCUAAAAGACAUCGAAGCUAACGUAGGGAAGUUCCAAGGGCGCUCUACGAGGUCCGUGACGCAAGGAGGCCCCCGCGAAGAUUCUCUUCCUCGUUCUCAUCUUCCCUUUCGUCCUUCUCCCCCUCCCCUCCAUUAUCUUCCGCUCCCAACGUCUGCGAAAAACAACGCUCUCCCCAGCAAGAGCGACGACAUUAUUGCCAUCGAGGAGGAGCCCACCCUCAACGUCGCCCUUCGGAGCAACCCAGAUGCAGCCUCGAGGUCCGGUGGCGCUCCUGCAGGUCCUUCUGAAGGCAGACCAACCGGCAGCGACUGGAGACCGACGUUGGAUUGAAGAGUGGCAUUCAAAUAGCACCUCUAGUUCUAUAUAAUUAUUAUCAAUAUACCCUAAUAAUCCCCUAUAUAUAAGUAUAUAAUGCGUUCCCACUUCCAGAUCUUUUUUUUCUUUUUUUGAGAAAAGCUCUUACCGUUUGACUGCCAAUAGAAUUAAGGUACUUAGGAUGUAACGCAGUAAAAGUAAUUCUUAAAAGAUUCUGUAAUAACGUAGGCGGAGAUGUCACUGUCCUUUCUUUUGUAUUGCAGAAAUUGUUACCUAUAUAUAAUUCCCGCUUGUAUAAUAUGAUGUGUCAGUACCGUAUUUUAAAAUCACCAGUUUAUUAAUAUCAUGUACAACGAAUACUAUGAUAGCUGCAUUGCUGAAAACUAAUAACGUACUUUCUUUGUGAUUUCGUAAUUUCGACCUGAAUAUAAACAAUAUUUAUGAAAGCUUAACACAACCAGAAAGAGUAGAGGGAAGAUGAUCCUAUAUGACUGCAGUCAACAUGAAUCCUGGAUAUGCAAGAUCAAAAAAACUUACUGGUGUAAUCUGGGACCAUUUUCAUUCAGUUAAACAGUCAGCUUUCACAGAAAAAAAUUGUUUUAAUUUUUACAUGUAUACUUUUAAGCUAAAUACCA